GUCUUCCAUAUCCUCCUUACCCGUUGCUAGUACUACUUUUCACUGUGCUUUACAAAUGUCUUCUACGGAAGAAAUACUGAAGGAGGCGCAGUCCCUCGCUAGCUCGAACCCUCAACGGGCGGAAGCGCUGUACAAGGAACUCCUUGUCUCGACGUCUGGAAAUGGUGUUCCAAGUCGGCAGAAGGACGAGGUUUUGCGGCAUCAGGAGAAUGCACUUGUCAAACUCGGCGAGCUCUACCGGGACCAGAAGAAUGCACAGGGUGUCGCAGAAGUUAUCAACCUGUCCCGGUCAUUCAUGUCUUCAACGGCAAAAGCCAAGACCGCGAAACUCAUCCGAACACUCCUUGAUUUCUUCACGACUAUACCCGACAGUCAACAGAUUCAAAUUGAAGUCCUGGAAAGCAAUAUUGACUGGGCCAAGAAGGAGAAGCGGAUAUUCCUCAAGCACAGUCUCGAAACAAGACUAGUUGCACUGCAACUCGAAUCGCUGCAGUACAAGCCAGCCAUCGCCCUCAUUGAUACUCUUCUAACGGAGCUGAAACGGCUAGAUGACAAGAUGAUCCUUACGGAGGUCCAUCUACUGGAGAGCCGAGUAUACCGAGGUAUCGGCAACAUGGCAAAGGCAAAAGCUGCACUUACUUCUGCCCGAACUGCCGCCAACUCGAUAUACUGCCCACCGCACCUCCAAGCCCAACUUGAUUUGCAAUCAGGUGUUCUACAUGCCGAAGACAAGGACUAUACGACUGCAUACUCUUACUUCUUUGAGACUUUCGAGAACCUCAGCGCCCAGGAUGACCCGAACGCCUUGGGCGCAUUGAAAUACAUGCUUCUGUGUAAGAUCAUGUUGAACCUGCCUGAAGAUGUCACCUCUCUUCUUUCGAUUAAGCUUGCGACCAAGUAUGCGCAGCUGCGAGAUGUAGAAAGUAUGCGUGCAAUCGCUCGGGCGCAUCAGAACCGAAAUCUCGCAGACUUUGAAAAAGCUCUGAAGGAUUAUCAGAAAGAGCUCUCAUCCGACCCGACAAUCCGAACCCAUCUAUCAGCACUCUACGACACCUUGCUCGAACAGAACCUUCUUCGAAUCGUAGAGCCAUACUCGGUUGUCGAGGUCGAAUAUGUGGCUCAACAAGUUGGUCAAGGGCGACAAGCUGUCGAACUCAAACUUUCGCAAAUGAUUCUGGAUAAGGUUUUCCAUGGGGUUCUUGAUCAGGGCCGUGGGUGUCUGCUCGUAUUUGACAAACCACAGGAAGACAAUACAUAUGGCGCCGCCAUUCAGACGCUAGAACAGGUGGGAAAGGUCGUAGACUCGUUGUACGCAAAGACGGUGAAGAUCGCGUAGUCCUCUCGGCUUAGAUAUUAUAUUGCAUCAUUCUUCGUGAUAGAGUGUGCAUUCUUUCUUUCGGACCUUGGCUAUGUGAAUCAAACAAAUACACAAUUUGCCUGGACCCCAUCCAGCUUCGAUACUCAUAAGUAUCCAAACCUCCGCAUUGCUUCCCUAUUCCAGAAGGGUAUAUGACCUUACUACUCAUAAUAUAAAGGACGAAGUGCACACUCUGUCUGUCACAGAAUCACGAAGAACUGGAUGACACUACAUGGGACUCAAAGAUCACAUCAUCGGAAGACGGUAGUAGUACAAUGUAGAGAAUAUAGGCUGCAACAGGGCAAAGCCUGCUCGACUCAGGCAUGGUCGGCUUUGAUGAUAUCGGCAGCUGUAACAAAUUGAUAAGUUGGGAUGAC